CGUAGUCUGUGCAGGUACGUGGUUUGUGUGUUGGCUGUUGUGUGGACUGAGAAAUGAGAGACGAAAAAACCGAUUGAUUUUUGUUGGUUAAAACCAAGGUAAUGGAAAAAUUAGUUAAUUGAGAACAUUGGGGAGUGGGCAAGACAGAGCCCUCCUCAACAGACAUUUUCAAUCUUUGUACAGUAAUUAAUUUCCUGGCAAAGUUGGAUUGACGAUUCCAUUUAGACAUGGAUCAGGCAAAGGAAAAGGUUUCUGACUACUGUUCCAAGGAAUCAUGGAAGGCGCGUUUUCCCAUCACCAUCUGGUUACCACAUUAUAAAAGCAGUUACACCAUCAACGACAUUGUUGCUGGAAUAACGGUUGCACUUACGGUGCUGCCGCAAGGACUUGCAUAUGCAAGUAUCGCUAGGUUGGCCCCUCAGUAUGGUUUAUACUCGUCGUUUAUGGGAUGUUUUGCGUACUUCUUUCUUGGAAUGUCUAAAGAUAUAACCGUUGGACCGACUGCUAUUAUGUCGCUACUUGUCUCCUCGUAUGGAACCUCCAACAGUACAGACCCAAAUGCCAAUAACGACCCGGCCUAUGCAAUAACACUUGCAUGUAUAUGUGGGCUGAUUCAAAUAGGCCUUGGAGUUCUACAUUUAGGGACGUUGACUAGUUUUAUUUCGGCGACCGUCAUCUCAGGGUUCACAACCGCAUCUGCUUUGACCAUCGGAAUCGGACAAGUUAAACAUUUAUUAGGCAUUAGCUUUCAUGCUGAUUCAUUUUAUGAAAAUGUUGUUGGUAUUAUUAAAAAUAUUAAGGACACCAAUGGAUGGGAUCUCCUGCUAGGCUCAAUGGCCUUGAUUGUACUACUCCUAUUAAAACUUUUAAAAAGUGGUUCAAUGAAGUGGCAAGAAAAUGACCACAAUGCACCGACUCGUUAUAUAGUUUUAUAUAAAUUUCUCUGGCUUUUAGGUACAGCUCGGAAUGCCAUUGUAGUGCUGGCAUCAGGACUAAUAGCUCUAGCCCUAGAUGCCUCGGGGAAGGGCGACAAGAUCACCUUAACAGGUGAGGUUCCCGAGGGCCUACCAGCACCUAGUCUACCAGAUUUUAAGCUUCCAGGUUUAAUAGAGGUGUUAAGUGUUGGAAUCGCUGUUGUGCCUCUGAUAGGAUUCCUUGAAGCCAUAGCUAUAGGAAAGGGAUUUGGAAUAAUUGCAGGUAGUUGUAAUGUGCUGGGCUCUUUUUUCUCGUCAUUCCCGGUUACUGGAAGUUUCUCAAGGACAUCUAUCAACUCUCAAUCUGGAGUGAAAACGCAGGCAGGUAACUUGGUUACCGGAACCUUGGUGAUCCUGUCGUUACUAUUUGUCACGCCCGCUUUCGAGUACAUUCCCAAGUCGGCUCUGGCGGCCGUAAUCAUUAGUGCUGUUUAUGACAUGAUGAAUUUUCGUAUUGUCCUGCACUUGUGGAAGCUUAACAAGUUGGACUUGUUACCACUGGCUGGGACGUUCAUCAGUGCCUUAUUUCUGAGUGUAGCAUACGGAACUCUUAUUGGUAUUACCAUCGACCUUAUAAUCCUGUUGUACCCGAAUGCACGACCGCAAAUUAAGGUAGAAAACCUGUGCAUUCCGCCAAACCCUGCCGGUCAUGGUAACGCUAGCAGGGGUCAGCGUGGAAAUUACGGAACUGAUUUGUCUGUUUCGGGUGGAUAUAAUUCGGUUCCUGAUGAUGCUAGGGAGUCAUCUCCUCUUUUGGGCAAUAGGAAGGUGGAACUGGGAACGAUCACUGUUAUUCACCUGCUACAAGGCCUCUUCUACCCAUCUGCAGAGUUUAUCCAAGAAAAACUCUCGACAGAGCUUGUGAUGAACAAAAAAGUUGAGGCAGCCAUCGUAGAUUUCAGUCGGAUAACAAACUUGGACUUUUCUAUAAUUAUUGCACUAAAAGACUUUGUUGCCGAAUUUCAGAAGAGUCGUAGCACUGUGAAAAUUUCCAUUGCAAAUGGUGCCCCCGAAGAACCUUUAUUAAGUGGGCCAGAGCAAGUGAUAGUUGUCUUUAUUAGAAUGAAUGAGACUAUAGAGCGUCAGUUGAAACAGGCAGAAUUUGGCGAUGCUGUCGCCUUCUGUAAAGAUAUGAACACCGCCCUCAGUAGUCUGUCUGACAGCUCAAUCACAUAGAUAGCAACAGGAAUCAUUCUUGUCUUGAAAACGGAGUCAAUUAAAGUCACUUUCCAGCUUUGUAAUUUAAAACCUAAAACAGAAGACCUAUGUGCUUAAUCUGGAGAAGAAACCCAUCUCAAACAGAGGCCUUCAUUGAAAAGAAGCCUAUCCAAUGGUCCUAAUAUUCAAGAUUUUACAGUAUGUUAUCGGUAAAAGCAUAUUUUUAAAAUAUUUUUUUCAUAUUUAGAUGUCAUGUCCUCUACAAAAUGGCAAAAUGCAGUGAUAUUUCUCACGGUUUAACAUAAUUUUUUUUUUCUAAUAUAAUGUC